UUAAAAGCCUUCCACAAUACAAUUCAGACUGCAUUUUACCCAUGCCAGGAAAAUUGUUCACUUCUUCAAGAUUGCAAUUUUCCAUCGCUCUUUGAUCACUUGAAACACGUUCAACAAUGGCAGUGCUGAAUCGCUUUUCGGGAGCGUGCUGGAAGCGUGUCCCAGCCGGGCUGCUGAACGAGCAGCUGCUUCUCUUCACCCGCGCCUUACACAAGUCAGCAGCCAGCGAGGCUCUGGAGAUCUCCACAACCGGAGAUGAGGCCAUGUCCGGCAGGGUGAUCGCAACGGCGGAGCUCAGAGAGAAAAGUGAGAUCAAGACCCUGGAGGAGAUGCCCGGACCGAGCACCCUUUCGAACUUGAUUGAGUUUUUUUGGAGAGAUGGCUUCGGCAGAAUCCACGAGAUUCAGAUGGAGCACUGCAAGAAAUAUGGAAAAAUUUUCAAGUCUCGGUUUGGACCCCAGAUGGUGGUCUCCAUUGCCGAUCGUGAACUGGUGGCGGAGGUCCUGAGGGCUGAGGGCGUGGCCCCUCAAAGAGCCAACAUGGAAUCCUGGCAUGAAUAUAGAAACAUGAGGGGCCGUUCCACUGGCCUCAUCUCAGCUGAGGGAGAAGAUUGGCUUAAGAUGCGAAGUGUGCUCAGACAACUCAUCAUGCGUCCCCGUGACGUAGCAGUCUUCUCUGACGAUGUGAACAAGGUGGUGGAUGAUCUGAUCAAGAGAAUCUAUGGCCUUCAGGCUCAGCAGCCUGAUGGACUUACUGUCCUCAAUGUGAAUGACCUUUUCUUCAACUAUGCCAUGGAAGGUAUGGCCACUAUCUUGUAUGAGAGCAGACUGGGAUGCUUGGAAAACAACGUCCCCAAAGAAACCCAGGACUACAUCUCUGCCUUGCAUCUCAUGUUUAGUUCCUUCAAGACCACCAUGUAUGCUGGAGCAAUUCCUAAAUGGCUUCGCCCCAUUAUUCCCAAACCAUGGGAAGAGUUUUGUCUCUCCUGGGAUGGUCUGUUCAGAUUCAGCAUGAUUCAUGUUGAUAAAAGAUUCAAGGACAUGAAGGCCCAGGUGGAGCAGGGGGAGAAGGUGAAGGGGGGACUGCUCACACACAUGCUCACCACGAUGGAGCUGAGUUUAGAGGAGAUCUACGCAAAUGUAACGGAGAUGCUCCUGGCUGGGGUCGAUACGACAUCCUUCACCCUCUCCUGGGCCUGCUAUCUGCUGGCACGACACCCCCAUAUCCAGGAGCAAAUCUACGCAGAAGUCACACAGACUCUGGGACCUGGAACUGUCCUCACAGCUGAAGACGUCCCUCGCCUGCCUCUCAUCAGAGGGCUUGUUAAAGAGACUCUCAGGCUCUUUCCAGUUCUCCCAGGCAACGGCAGGAUUACCCAGGAUGACUUGGUGGUUGGUGGAUACUUCAUCCCCAAAGGGACCCAGCUCGCCCUCUGUCACUACUCUACAUCUCUGAAUGAGGAGAACUUUUCCAGUCCCUUAGAAUUCCAACCCGACCGCUGGGUACGGAAAGAUUCCUCAGAUCGUGUUGACAACUUUGGCUCGAUUCCCUUUGGUUACGGCAUCAGGAGCUGUAUUGGCAGGAGAAUUGCGGAGUUGGAGAUGCAUCUAGCUCUCACCAGGCUCAUUCAGAGGUUCUACAUUGGGGUGUCUCCUCUCACUACUGAUGUCAAGGCAAAAACCCAUGGCCUCCUUUGCCCUGCUGCCCCUAUCAACCUGCAGUUCAUUGAAAGGGAAAACUAGGUCCAGGCUCUUCUCCACAAUGUCUUUUUCCGAUGUUUAGCUCAGUGCUCAUCAUUAUUGGAGCACUUAAAUACACUGGUUUUAGAGUUUCUGCUCAGGCCAGGAAUUUGUCUUACAUGUUUGUCAUGACACACAAAUACUGUGCAAGAUUGUUUUUUGAAUGUAUCACAAUGGAGAAAACCACUGCAGCUCUUCUUUCUUUUUUGACUGUAACUCCUUUUAUCCAUCCUGUUCAACAUGAUGUAAGUUGGAAAAAAUAAAUUUUGUCAGUACUGUAACUUCUUAUAUUAAUGUUUCUUGGUGUUUAUGUGUGCACAAACUAUAUUGUAUACUGUUUUCACAUUUUUUCCUUGUUGUCCGAGCAAACAGUUUAUGGAGACGUUGAAGGGCAGCUGUUAAACGUAUUGAAAGUGAACUGUUUAGCUGAAGUGUGAUGAGCUUUACACAGUAAUUAUGUUGCAUCUGUUUCAAACCAAAAUGUUGUAACUGGUUGCUUUUCUGUGGUGGAACGAUUUUUCUUUUUGUUCAUUUGUUUUUUCAUACUUGUCAAAGGUUAUUACAUGUACUGUAUACAAAAACAUCAAAAACACAAAAAUCUUUUCAAUGUAAACUUAUACUAAGUAUAGUUUUUUAACUUUUUAAAAUAGCUCCCGUUCGAUGUUUAAAAAAUGAUAUGUUGAAUCACAAAGUUAAGUAUUUAAAAUAUUUCUUAUUAUGUAUUAGUUUUGCAGAAUGUAAGUGGGGUUCAGAAUGUGUUUAGUGUAUUUGGUUUACGUGCUGCUGGUGUGUAAGUAUUCCAUCAAUAUACUGGAGAACUUUAUCUUUUUAAGAUGGUAAAUGGAUGUUGGGGAUGGUUUGUUGCUAAGAAAAAUGACACGUGAAAAAAGGCUGUUUUGCUGGAUGGCACAUUGAAACACUUUUUUUUAUCUACUUAUAUGUCCUUACCUUUCGUUUGUAGUUUUAGUUGGAAACAAUAAAAACUAAUGUUUAUGCUAAA